UUCGACAACAGAAGAAGCGGACCUCACAUGGCGGUUCACAGCAGCAAAUACGACCUCUUGGUGAAGCUCCUCCUCAUCGGAGACAGCGGCGUGGGGAAAUCGUGCCUGCUCAUGAGGUACUCUGACGACUCGUUCACAACGUCCUUCAUCACGACGAUUGGGAUCGAUUUCAAAGUCAAGACGAUCGAUGUCGACGGAAAACGCGUGAAGCUGCAGAUCUGGGACACUGCUGGCCAAGAGCGCUUCCGAACCAUCACCACAGCGUAUUACCGUGGCGCCAUGGGAAUUCUCUUGGUCUACGACGUCACCGACGACCAUUCCUUCCAAAAUGUACGGAACUGGAUGCGGCAGAUCCAACAGCAUGCGUCUCCGAACGUGAACAAGAUACUUGUGGCCAACAAGUGCGACGUCGAUCCGUCCGAGCGAGUUGUGUCCAAGGAACAAGGCGAGGCGUUGGCAGCGGAAUAUGGCGUCCAGUUCUUUGAAACAUCAGCGAAAAGUAACCUCCACGUGGACGAGGCCUUCCGCAGCAUCGCCGUGGACGUCCAGAAGCGGCUGGCAGAGUCCGACAGCGACCGGUUAGACGUGGCCAACCAAACCCGCCUCAAGCUCGACGAACAAGCGACGCGAUCGUCGGACGGGUGUUGCUAAGCCAUUAGUAUGAAUCUUGCGUUUUCACAGCUUUACUACUUUCCCUGACGUGAACGACCUCGAGCAAUACUGUUCAGUAGUAUGUGUUGAUC